AUGUUGUUACCAAGACUAGGAGCACUGCUCCUCACCGUCACCGCCGCGCAAGCCUACAAAGACGCCUCCCCCUUCUUCCUCCUCUCCUCUACCCCCCUCCCCGCCGACGCCCCAUUGAAGCGAGCGCAAAUAGCACUAGCCAGCGAUAUCGAGAACCGUCUCAUAGACACCCUCUCCGCCUGCGAUAAGCACCACUACUACAUCUUCUCCCAGGACUCCGUCGCCGCGAACGAUCUCAAGGAUGAUGGCAUGCCGAAGCUGCAGAAGAGCUUAGCAGGGACGGAAGAGGGGCAGUUCCUAGGAAUACCGGAUUUGGUGGCGGAUGGGGGGUUGAAGGUUGGGAAUGUCCGGACGAGGUUGGAGGAGGUCUGUGGAAAGAAGGGGAAGAAGGAGGUGGAUUACGAUGCCAUGGCCGACACUGUCACCUCAGUCCUAGGCAAGGACGGCUCAGCAGUCCUCAUCUACCUCACCACCCCACCUCAUUCGCCCAGCCACACCGGCGAGCCGUACGAGAUGGACGACGCAUACCCUUCAGCGCCUCACACAGAGCUCAAGCGCGACUUUGAACACCAUGCCCGACAGUCGGAUGAUGAAGACAUGCAGGCCGGUCUGCCGUUGUUUGAGAAGUAUCAGUUUUUGUCGCCACCUAUCUUCAUGGGCCUCUCCGUCACCCUUCUCCUCCUGGCCAUCCUCUCCGUCGGCUUGAGAGCCAUUUCAGGGCUGGAAGUGAGCUACUUUGCUUUCUCGAAGGAGAUGAGCGGACAAGGAUCGCAGAAGAAGCAGCAGUGA